AUGAUUUCUAAUUGUCAGUUUCAAAGGUGCCCCGCGGGUUCCGGUCCCAGGUCCGAGGCGCUGCCCCGGCUCUCCCGCGCCCCCUCGGUCUCCCCGCCUCCUGUCUCCGGGUCGCCGCCGCCGCUUCCUGCGCGUUCCCUGCCCGGCGGCCGCAGCCGCUUUCUGGACGCCGAGCAGCGGGGGCGGACCUGCGUCUCUGUGCGCGGGAACAGAACUCUGAAUGGAAAGAAACCCCAUAAAUGUCAAGUAUGUGGGAAGGACUUCAUUUGCUCCUCACCCUUCAAGAAUCCUGUGACAAUAGCCACUGGUGAGAAACACUAUGAAUGUACCGAAUGUGGGAAAGAUUUCUCUAGUUUCUCAUCCUUCUGGAUGCAUAAAAAAUUUUCUAACAGAGAUAAGCCUUAUGAAUGUAAAGAAUGUGGGAAAACCUUUAGGGAGGCCUCGUCCCUCAAUCAACACAUAAGAAUUCACAGUGGGGAGAGGCCUUAUGAAUGUAAGCAGUGUGGGAAAGCCUUCAGUCAGGCCUCACACCUCAGUACGCAUAUAAAAAUUCACAAUGGGCUGAGACCUUAUGCCUGUAAGGAAUGUGGGAAAGCCUUUACUCAGGCCUCAUCUCUUACUACACAUAUAAGGAUUCAUAGUGGAGAAAAGCCUUAUGACUGUAAGGAAUGUGGGAGGGCCUUUAGUCAGGCCUCAUCCCUCACGACACAUAUAAGGACUCACAGUGGAGAAAGGCCAUAUGUAUGUAAGCAGUGUGGGAAAGCGUUUAGUUGUUCUUCAGCCCUCACUACACAUAUAAGAACUCACACUGGUGAGAGACCUUAUGAAUGUAAGGAAUGUGGGAAAGCCUUCAGUCGGGCCUCAUUCCUCACUACGCAUAUAAGAACUCACAAUGGAGUUAGGCCUUAUGAAUGUAAGGAAUGUGGGAAAGCUUUUAGUCAAGCCUCCUCCCUCACUACACAUAUAAAAACUCACAGUGGAGAGAGGCCAUAUGAGUGCAAAGAAUGUGGAAAAGCCUUCAGUUGUUCCUCUGCCCUCACCACCCAUAUUAGAACACACAGUGGAGAGAGGCCCUAUGAAUGUAGGAGAUGUGGGAAAUCCUUCAGUCAGGCCUCAGCCCUCACUAGACAUAUAAGAACUCACAGUGGAGAGAGGGCUUAUGAAUGUAAGGAAUGUAGGAAAGCAUUUAAUCGGGCCUCGUACCUCACCACGCACAUAAGAACUCAUAGUGGAGUUAGGCCUUAUGAAUGUAAGCAGUGUGGGAAAGCCUUUAGUCAGGCCUCACACCUCAGUACACAUAUCAAAACUCACAGUGGAGAGAAACCUUAUGAAUGCAAGGAAUGUGGGAAAGCCUUCAGCCAUUCCUCAGCCCUCACGACACAUAGAAGAACUCACACUGGAGAGCGACCAUAUGAAUGUAAGGAAUGUGGGAAAACUUUUAGUCAGGCUUCAUCUCUCACUACACAUGUAAGGACUCACAGUGGAGAGAGGCCUUACGAAUGUAAGGAAUGUGGGAAAGCCUUCAGUGAUUCUUCAAGCCUCACUGCGCACAUGAGAACGCACAGUGGAGAGAGGCCUUAUGAAUGUAAGCAAUGUGGGAAAGCUUUUAGUCAGGCCUCACACCUCAAUAGACAUAAAAGAACUCACAGUGGCCAGAAACCUUACAAAUGUAAGGAAUGUGGGAAAGACUUUAGGUGUUCUUCAAACCUCUGUGUACACAAAAGAACUCACAGUGGAGAGAAACCUUAUAAAUGUACGGAAUGUGGGAAAGCCUUUAGGUGGUCCUCAGCCCUCAGUAUACAUAAAAGAACUCACAGUGGAGAGAGACCUUAUAAAUGUAAGGAAUGUGGGAAAAGUUUUACAUGUUCCUCAGGGUGGUUCUCAACCUUCACCACACAUAAAAGAACUCACAGUGAAGAUCGGCCUUAUAAAUGUCAGGAAUGUGGGAAAAGUUUUAAAUGUUCUUCAUCCCUUAAUGUGCACAUAAGAAGUCACACUGGACAGAGGCCUUAUGAAUGUAAGGAAUGUGGAAAAGCCUUUAGAAGUUCCUCAAGCCUGCGGUCCUCCCUCCUCACUGUACAUGCAAGAAUUCACACUGGAGAAAGGCCUUAUAAAUGUAAGGAAUGUGGGAAAGCCCUCAGGUAUUCCUCACAACUCACUAUUCAUAUGCAAACUCACAGUGGAAAAAGACCCUACCAAUGCAAAGAAUGUGGGAAAUCCUUUAGAAGUGCCCCAAACCUCGCUUCACAUAGGAAAUCUCACAGUGGAGAAAGACCUCAUAAAUGUAACCAAUGUGGAAAAGCCUUUAGUCAGUCCUCAGCCCUCAUUGUUCAUAAAAGAAUUCACAGUGGAGAGAAACCAUAUGAAUGUAAGGAAUGUAUGAAAGCUUUUAUUUCUUCCUCACAGCUCACUAUACAUAUGCGAACUCAUAGUGGAGAGAGGCCCUAUCAAUGCAAAGAAUGUGGGAAAGCAUUUACUCAGUCCUCAUCCCUCAAUGUACAUAAAAAAACUCAUAUUGGAGGGAGAUCUUAUGAAUGUAAAGAAUGUGGGAAAACCUUUACUAGUUCCUCUUACAUCAUAGAACACAUGCGUACUCAUACUGGAGAGAGACCUUACGAAUGUAAGCAAUGUGGGAAAACUUUCAGUAGUUCUUCAGUCCUCACUGUACAUACAAGAACUCACAGUGGGGAGAGGCCAUAUAAAUGUACUGAAUGUGGAAAAGCCUUUGGUCAGGCUUCACACCUCACUAUACAUAAAAGAACUCACAGUGGAGCGAGGCCUUAUGAAUGUAAGGAAUGUGGAAACACCUUUAGGGAUACGUCAGCACUCACUAGACAUAUGAGAACUCACAGUGGAGAAAGGCCUUAUGAAUGUAAGCAAUGUGGGAAAGCCUUUACUUGUUCCUCAGCCCUCACUAUACAUAGCAGAACUCACAGUGGUGAGAAGCCUUACGAAUGUAAGGAAUGUGGGAAAACGUUCAUUUGUUCCUCGUUGCUCACUAAUCAUAUAAGAGUUCACAGUGGAGAGAUGCCUUACGAAUGUGAAGAAUGUGGGAAACUCUUUAGUCAGGCCUCAAAUCUCAACACACAUAGAAGAACUCACAGUGGAGAGAGGCCAUAUGAAUGUAAACAAUGUGGGAAAACCUUUAAAAGUUCCUCACGCCUUAUAAAACAUAGGAGAACUCACAGUGAAGAGAAAGCUUAA